GCUACAUAACUGCUCCUUUACGAAACCAGUCAGUCGCUAGGCAACAGGGCAAACAUGGCGGAGAUCAAGCAAACUGCAGAGUCAGCUGUGUCAGAUGUCCACAAGAAGAUCAAAGCAGCUUUUGAAGCUUUUGACUACGAGUCUAACAACACGGUUGAUGUUCGGGAGAUUGGCACCAUCAUCUUUUCCUUGGGUUGCUUCCCCUCUCAGGCAGACCUACAUGACUUUAUAGCUGAGGUGGAAGAGGACCACACAGGAUAUAUCCAUUUGGAAAGAUUCCUCCCAGCCAUGACCAAAGUGCUGCUGGAGCACAAGUUCCCUCCCAUACCUGAGGACCUUCUGCUUCAGGCCUUUGAGGUUCUGGACAAAGAGAAGAAAGGAUACCUGGAACCUGAGGAGCUGACAAAGUACAUGACACAGGAAGGUGAGCUCUUUACUCAGGAGGAGAUGGAUGAGAUGCUGACAGCACUCGCUGAUCAUGAGAAGAACCUUAUCUAUUACAAAGACUUAAUCAACCAGCUGACCAUUGACCCUGACAUGUAGAAAGUCACGGUAACUGUUUAACAUAUAACACACAGUAUUACAAACACACUGUUCUGUGUGUGUUAUGUGUUCAUGUCUGCAUGUUUUUAGGAUGGGCUUGUAGUUCUGAUACUGUAUAAUUAAUACGUUAUUAAAAAUGUAUUAACUUAAAUGUCCAUGAUUAUCUAAGAGGUUUUCCAAAAUCACAUUAAAUUGGAAAGUACAGUUAAUGUA